AUGUCCAUGUUAUGUGCAAGUAAGAAAUCAACCCGGCCCCGAAAGAUGCUUGAAACUGAUCCCAUCGCAGUCUCUGGAGAGGCACCUCAGGCGCCAGUGGUGUCGCGUAAGAGUGGAAAUGUAUAUGAAAAGCGCCUGGUGGAAGCCUACAUUAGUGAACAUGGCACAGAACCGACCACUGGCGAAACCCUUACAACCGAAGAUCUCGUCGACCUCAAAUCACCGACUACCGUUCGCCCGCGACCACCUACGUUGACCUCGAUACCUGCGCUACUGGGUGUUUUUCAGGAAGAGUGGGACUCUCUUGCGCUGCAGACGUACACACUACAGCAGAAUCUCAAUCAAGCACGACAGGAGCUUAGCGUAGCUUUGUAUCAGAAUGAUGCUGCGCAACGCGUCAUUGCCCGAUUGCUAAAAGAACGGGACGAUGCAAGACAGGCGCUUGCAAGGGUGGACGCGGGACGAUCGAAUACAAAUGGAGAUGCGAUGCAGGUGGACAGCGCGCCUUUACCAGACUCAAUUCUGGAAAAGAUUGAAAGCACACAGCAAGCACUGAUGAAGACACGGCGAAAGAGACCAGUACCUGAGGACUGGGCAACAUCUGAGUCUAUCUCGUCAUACACGCCAACCGUCACCUCAGGGCAGCUGUAUCCUGGAGGUGGCGUCCUUGCAGUGCACGAAACCGGAGACAUUGUCCUGGUCGGUGGCAAUGACGGGGUGGCAGGAAUCUAUUCAUUAUCAGAGAAGAAGCUGCUAUCUUCCUUGAAAGCUGGUCCAGGUUCGGUGACAGGUGGAGUCUGGGCUGGGUCGCGGGCAAUUGUCUCUACCUCUACAGGUGCGGUCAAAGUGUUCGGGUCGGAACAAGAGGUCGCAUCCUUCUCGGUGCACGCAGGCAGCGCUAAUGCAGUUGCAUUGCACCCCAGUGGCAGCAUCUUGGCUUCGGUGGGCGAAGACAAGACAUACAUCCUCUAUGACCUUGAGUCAAACCAAGUUCUUACCCAGGUUCAGAGCGAUUCAGAACUCCACUGUGCACAAUUCCACCCUGAUGGCCAUCUACUGGCCGCAGGAGGACUGGAUCAGCAGAUCAAGAUCUAUGACACCAAGUCCGGUGCAAAAGCUGCAACAUUCGGGCUCAGUGGGCCUGUGGAGGCAGUGGUCUUCUCGGAAAAUGGCACAUGGCUUGCAGGGGUAGCACAAGGCUCAACCUCGAUAUCGAUCUGGGAUCUACGCAAGACAACUCAAAUCAAGGCAAUUGAGACCGAUAGCCAGAUCACCUCGAUCAGCUGGGAUUACACAGGCCAAUUCUUGGCUGUUGCCGGAGUGGGCGGAGUGAGUGUUGAGCAAUAUUCCAAGUCCUCGAAGGAGUGGUCGACCAUUUUGAAGAAUGCAACGGCCUGCUGUAGGAUUGCUUGGGGACAAUCCGCUCACAGCCUCGUCACACUGGACAAGGCUGGCGUGGUGGCUACUUGGAGCGGGCACAGCUAG